UGCAGACCUGCGUAAAAUCAAAUCUCAAAUAAUACUAGAAAAAUGUCGGCGGAUGAUAUAUCCUUUGUUCAGAUGGGUCAAAAAUAAACCGCCGCAAUGAUUGAGAUGGAGGAGACGAGCCCUAGUCGGGGCUACUUCCAGUUGGGCAAGUCCAGGGGCGGCGGAGGGUCCGACCCAAGGACAAGUCACAAUCACCAUGAGUCCCCCGUGGACCAUUGCAAUUUUAUUUAUACGGCCCUCAUGUUGGCUGGGGUUGGAUUUCUGCUACCCUACAACAGUUUCAUCAUCGCCGUGGAUUAUUUUCAAACCAGAUUCCCUGGAUCCACAAUAGUGUUUGACAUGUCCUUGGUGUACAUUUUGACCGCAUUUGUGGCGGUUCUUCUGAAUAAUCUCCUGGUGGAAACUUUAUCUCUUAAUACAAGGAUAAAUUUUGGCUAUGCAGUUUCGUUCAUCACCCUAUUGUUUGUGGCCACCUGCGAAAUUUGGUGGAAUAUUUUUGGCCCCGAGUUGGCUUACAAGGCCAAUUUAAUCGCUGUGGCUGUGGUUGCACUGGGAUGUACUGUUCAGCAAAGCAGUUUUUACGGAUACACAAGUAUGCUUCCAAGCAGAUACACUCAAGCAGUGAUGACUGGAGAAAGCGCCGCCGGAUUUUUUGUGUCGGCAAACCGAAUUUUGACCAAACUCCUUUUCGACGAUCAGCGAGCAAACACGACUUUAUUUUUUGGGCUGUCCCUUCUAACGGUUACGAUCUGCUCAGCACUUCACUCAAUCGUCCGCGAAUCUGAUUUCGUAAACUAUUACAUCGCCCUAUGUGACGCAAGUGCCAGUAAUAACAGGAUAGUGUUGGAGCCUGCCGAAGACAUGGGACUGAUGGAUCCACAGGACCAGCCAAACAGCCAAUACGGUGUGCUCAAAUUGCAAAGUCCGCCGCCUCUGGUGGACUAUCCAGCGGAAUCCGGUUUUAGUUUCGCUAACCCAGUUUACGAACCAAACGCUCCAGCUCGGCCUUCUAAUGACGAAGACGGGACUGAGCACACAGGACCGACUUUUAAGGUGGAGGAUGUUGUAGUGAGGUUGGGCAGCGGGCACGCGGGCGCCUACAAACCUCAUAGGCGGUGGGGUGGAUUAAGAAAGGGCUUUGAAGACAGGAUGAAAGUUGCCAGAUUGAUCUGGCCGCAUAUGCUGUCAAUUGGAUUAGCGUAUUUUGUCACUCUCUGCCUGUACCCCGGGAUCGAAGCCGAAAUCACCAGUUGCAAUUUCGGCUCGUGGAUGCCAGUUCUCAUUAUGGCUGUGUUUAAUGGUGCUGAUUUAUUGGGAAAGAUUUUAGCAUCCGUUCCAUGGCAGUGGUCGCGCGGCGAGCUUUUGAGCUGCGCCGGAAUGCGUUUUCUCCUCAUCCCCCUGUUGCUGUUCUGCGCUGCCCCGCGACACAACCCUCUCAUACCUGGGGACGGUCUUCCCAUCUUUUUCUCGGGCCUCCUCGGACUGACCAACGGCGUGAUCGGUAGCGUGCCAAUGAUACAGGCGCCUAGCAAAGUACCUGAGGAGUUCAGGGAACUAACGGGGAACAUCAUGACGUUUUCCUACAACCUUGGAUUGGCGCUGGGCUCAUCGGUCGCCUACUUGCUGGACGAGUUGUUGGGACCCCCAAUCAUUGGGCUGUGCGCGGGCGGUCCCAUCCCGACGAUGAUAAGAACGACUGUGGCGGCGACGACGACGGUCGCCACGACGACUGUGACCGCCUCAACUACCCUUGCGACGACGCUCAUCUCCACGCUGGUCGCCAGUACUGUUGCUCCGACGACCGAGAUUCCCUCCACAGUGGUGCAAAACGCGACAUCGGCUGCGUUGGCCGCGGCGGCCGUUACCCUGGGCUUUUCACCGGAUUGAAAAGUCCACGAGCUUUUAUAGCAUCACGAGGAAUAGCUUUUAAUUCAGCCCCAAUGUUAUUUGUAUUUAAGCAGGAGUCGUCUAUUAAUUGUGUAAGAAGACUAUCUAGAAAAUGGCACUGCGCAAUCAUAUUUUGAAAAUCGAUCUCUCGCAAAUAUAUGAAAUUUUAGCUAAAAUAUAAUAUAGAAUUUGGACUCUGGACAAAUUAAUUGAAUUUGAAACUAUUAAGAAUAAAAGUAUGAUCUCACCGCUUAUUUGUCAAAGCGAUCAAUAAAAAAUAUAUCAAAUGAUAAUAACAUCAAUAAACAUGCGAUUCCAAAUUCAAUCUGUUAGUUCUUAAUUGUUGAUGCAUAUUAUUCAAUGUAGCGAUCAAGAAAAUUAUUUUAAAUGUGUGAUUCUGCAGGGCAUAUCUCAACAAAGAUCAAUGUGACUUAAGAAUGCAUUAAAUGUUCAAAUAUAAAAAAAAAAAUGCUUAUGAAAUUUUGGAAAAGAAAUUGAACUUCGGUCAAACUUUGUUUUGCUCCAAGUUUACAGUAUUUUAUUUUGUCACUCAUGAUGAGGACUUAAAAAUAUAUGAAGAGAAAUAGAAUAAUUAUUCUCUGUUUGUGUCCAAAGUAUAGCAAGUAUAGUAUUAUUGUCGCAAGGUAUUUUGAGUGUCGUCUCUUUUGUGAGCUUUUAUGGACCUAAAAAACUUGAAUAAAAAAUUCGGAUUCUCAAUAG